UUCAUCACUACGACCAAGGUACAGGAUACAUUUUCCAAACAUGAUUAUGAUCGAGCUUCCGAUCCAUAUGCGGUAUGUACUCGAUUGACGGCGCUAUUGGCUCAACAAAUCAAGGAUGAACUGAAUACAUUCAAGCUGCAAGAAAUGAUGGUCCAUCAUCAAUCCCGG